AGGAAAAAACUCGUCGGUUCCCAUAUGGCUCCCAUCCACGCGAGCCGCCUCUUAGAGCCGAUUCGUUCGCGACCUACACAUCACUGUUCCUGGAGAAAUCUGACGCGCACAGAAGCAACACCAUUGGCGGUCCUUGGAGGAAUUGUCGUGCAGUGUCACUAUGAUGGUCAAAUGAAAGCAGAUUGUGUUACUAAGUCCAGCAGAGAAGAGAAAAAAUAACACAGGGUCCGUCACUACUGGUGAAGCACAUUCCUACAUCACCAGCGGAUGAUUAACUGCAGCAGCAGCAGGUUUUUAUUGCUGUCAGGCUCAUCACCACCAGGGAGACCGGUCCUGCUCGGCUGCCGGUCCCCGGAGAAGGAGACGUUCACCUGCUGGUGGGACCCGGGCAUGGAUGGUGGACUGCCGACCACACACCGCCUCUACUACCAGAGAGAACGAUUGGAGGGAACGCACGAGUGUCCAGACUACCACUCAGCUGGGAGGAAUACCUGUUUCUUUGACAAGAACCAUACGUCCAUUUGGGUGGACUACUACCUGACAGUGGUGGCCUGCAAUGCCCUCGGGAACGCCACUUCAGACGUUUUCAAGAUAGACGUGAUGGAUAUUGUCAAGCCCGACUCACCUGAGCGUGUGGCGCUGGAGGUGGAAAAUCGUGCGGAAAGUCCGAGUCUACACGUGAGCUGGGAGCAUCCGCGGAAUGUGGACACCAAAUCUGGCUGGGUCACGCUGGAAUAUCAGCUAAGGGCCAGACGACAACAACAACAAGGCAGCAACAACUGGAAGGCAUACAAGGCUGGUGCACAAACCCGAUUCACGCUCUACAGCGUCCAUCCAGGAGCAGUGCUCAUGGUCCAGGUGCGCUGUCGACUAGACCACGGAAUCUGGAGCGAGUGGAGCGACACCUCCUACGUGAAGAUCCCUAACAAUACUGCUAAGGAAAAACCCUUAUGGAUCUUGGUUUUGGCUCUCUCUGCCUCUCUCUUUCUAGCCGCUCUGUGCAUUGUGGUCACCAAGAGGAAAAGUGUGACACAGUAUCUGCUUCCGCCUGUUCCGGGUCCAAAGAUACGAGGGCUUGAUGUCACACUUCUCAAGAGUGGGCGACCUGAAGACCUGGUCAGUGCUCUGAUCAUCAGUCAGGGAUUUCCUUCUCCCGUGGCCUGGAAGGACCAUAUGGACGACUACCUGAUGGUGUCAGACAACGUCAGCGGGCUUCUACCAGACAAAGGGAGGAGGAGCUUAGUUAUGCCCCCAGGCUUCGGCUUCGACUCCAAACACAAGAAUGGAGUGGAGCGGAAGAAGUCUGAUUCGUCCAGCCUGAUGACUCAAUCAGUCGUAAACCAGGACGUGUUAAAUCCCGACACAGCCAACUGUCCCUACGUGGACCUCGGGAUGCAUGUGGAACCCACGCCAGAGUCGGACUACAGCAAAGGGAAAGAGAUGAAGUCUACCAAUGUGCUCCUCCUGGAGAAAGGAAACCAAUCGAGCUACGUGGACGUGCCAAGACCAGCGUCCCUCCUUGAGGACUACAGCCAGGUGGAGAAGGUGAACGGUGACAAGAGAAUGGUGAUCCUCCAGAAAGGGGCUGGACAGCUGGACUCCUCAUGUAGAGAAGCACAGCACAGCAACAGAAAGACAGUGCCCAGAAACCCUCACAGAGACAUGGAUCUCAUAGAUGGAGGAUAUGUGGACAAGGUCCCGACUCCAAUGCUCGGAAAACCCACUGUGAUGUAGUGAAGGAUCGGUUCCUUUUAUACAUAAACACACACACAAAACAACCUACCUCUGUUGUUGAGAAACAUGUUUCAUUUUCAACAUUUACCAAUUAUGACAUUUGAAAAAUAAUGGUACAUUUCCACCAACCCCAAUUUUUUUUCCUGAUGAAAGUACCUAGCAGAAAAGUUGAACUUUUCAGAUUCCCAGGGACUUUUGAGGUUUGGUGGAAACCACACAUAUCAGCAGGAGUUUACAUACGUAAAUAAAUUCCAGGUAAUAAAAGCUGGUGUCUUUGUUCAACGACACUUUAAACGUUUUGUUUAUUUUCAAGACAAAAUGUUUCAACAAGAUUGGGUGCACAAAAACAAGACGAGAUGUUAACAUUAAUUUUAAGAAAAGGACAAUGAAAAAACCAUGACUGGACAAGAAACUUUUUUAUUUAACCGAGUCACAAAAAAAUGCAGGUGCGUUUUGAAAUGUUUAUUGUCCCACAAAUGGAUGCUAAACGAUAAUAUUGUCAACAUUUUUGAGGCCAAAUGAACCACUGUUAUAAUAUAUAAUAAUAAUAAUGUCAGCUUUAAUAAUCCCAGCUUGUAUCGAACACAACCAACUGUGCACUGUUUAAUGUCUUAUCUACUUGUCUUUGUUUAUUUAAGUCAGGGCUGUCAGCUGUCCUUUGAUGUUUAUCAUUUUAAAAAGUUAAACAUAUAUUUUAAGAAAAACUUAAUGUUUGUAUUGGUGAUUAGUCUCAACAUUUUAGCUUUGUCUAGUUACAUUAUGCCUUUUUGCUCCAUUUUUCAAAAUUUUAUUUCUGCAAUGAGUUCCACAGAUGGUCCCUGCAGUUGCACUGUGGAGGGGUUUCUGCAGCUUUCAGACCCGCAUUGCAUUGCACGGUGGUACAAAAGCGGUGUUCCGCUCUGUUUGCCUGCGUGGCGGAUACUUCACCUUUGUUGACCGCUUGUAUAUAAUUACCCAACAACGCAAGAAACACUUCCCGUCUUUCACUUUCAAUGUGCACGCUAAAUAUAUCAACCAUGUUGCUAUAUUGUCAGCAUCUCCUCUAUGUAUGAGGUUUGUUAUGAAGCAGAGUUAUUUUUGCCACAGUACCACUAAUGUUGAUGGUGAUUAAUGGUAACGGCGAUUAAGGGUGCAGACAAGUCCGAGCAUCGACGUGUUUUGAUCUAACAAGUUUUAAUUAACUCUGAUGAAAUGUAUACUUACUACAGGUUCUGCUUGGACAUUAACACCGCUGCAGCUGUUGAAGCACUUAAGGUGCGGUUCUAAUCCCACCUCGUGAACUGCCACUUCCAUAUUAUACUGUAUUAUCAUGCAUAAUUCAGUCUGAUUGGCUUCUGUCUGCCCUUUUUUCAGGAGACAGCUUUUCUCCAAAUGAGAACUCUCGGGUCACAUUUGAAUCUUGCAAGAUCUCGUGACACUCCUAGUAUUAAUUGAACAUUAUGUUUAUUCUUUUGGUUGUAGCGGGCAGUGGUGUGGUGUUGAAUCGUAGUAUUCGUCAGUCAAGAGGCACAAAAAAAAACAAUAUUCUCCCGUUUCUUCAGUUUGCGUAAUUUGAGCAGAAAAACUUUGACACAGGUAGUAAAACAAACGCAAUGCCAGAUUGUUUCCGAGUUUGCUGUUCAUUUCACAUUUAGUUCUUUCAACAUAAGGAGUUAAACACAGUUUGAAUUGCAUUUGUGACAAGCAAACAAAAAAAGAAUGAAAAUGAUUUUAACUUGACCUUUCCCCACACUAAUGCCGUAUCACACAUUCAUCCAAGCUAUGAAAACCAUUUCAUAAAAACACAAUAUUAUAACUUUUUUUUAAUUUUUAAAUCAGCAGUAUUUCAAAAUUUCAUUCAUUUGCUUUUUUAUUCUUUAUUUUUUUACCUCCCAAUGUAUUCUAUAUUUAAUCACUUUGUCUUUUUCACCCACAAAUGUCAUCAAGGUGGUUUGAUUGCCUUCAAAUUAUGACUGUUACUGAAUGUACAUGAUCUUACUAAAGCUAAGCCAGUGUGAGAGUGUUUUAUCACGGCUUCUACAGAUCUCCAGUCUGCUUGACACACACCUGAGGAGCUCUCAUGAUGACACCUUCACAGCUUGGCUACUUCUUGUUGAAUCAUUAAAAAAAAAAAACAA